AUGACAGCCUUGCGCAUCUUUGGCUUGACGUUUCUGUUAGUGAUUUUGCAGCAGAGGGUGUCCGGCUCUGGCGUCUUCCAGCUGGAGCUGCAGGAAUUCGUGAACAGCCACGGGUCUCUGGCCAGCGGGAAGCCCUGCUCCCCCCACUGCAGGACCUUCUUUCGCGUUUGUUUGAAGCAUUUUCAGGCAGUGGUCUCCCCGGGCUCCUGCACUUUCGGCAGCAUCAUCACCCCCGUUCUGGGAAUAAACUCCUUCAGCAUCAAGGAUACGGAGAGAUUUGACAGCCCCAUUAAGUUGCCCUUUAACUUCACGUGGCCGGUGAGAUUCCACUUUAAACCCGAUGGCGAUGGCUCCCGGCCUCUUUCGGAGGACUGGCUCAUCAGCCAGAUGUCGAUCCAGCGGUCGCUGUCGGUGGGCGAGAACUGGUCGCAGGACGUGCAGAGCGGCCCCCUCACCCAGCUGCGUUACUCCUACCGGGUGGUCUGCAGCGAGAACUACUACGGCGAGAGCUGCUCCCGCCUCUGCAAACGCCGCGACGACCGCUUCGGACACUACGUUUGCGAGGCGGACGGCACCUUGGCCUGCCUGCCCGGUUGGACCGGCGAGUACUGCACCGAGCCCAUCUGUCUGUCUGGAUGUACCGAACAGAACGGAUAUUGCAACAAGCCUGGAGAGUGCAUCUGUCGUCCCGGCUGGCAAGGCCGCUACUGUGAUGAAUGCAUUCCCCAUAUAGGCUGCCGCCACGGGACUUGUAAAACACAAUGGCAGUGCAUAUGUGAUGAAGGAUGGGGUGGCCUCUUCUGUGAUCAAGACCUGAACUACUGCACUCAUCACAGACCAUGCAAAAACGGAGCAACUUGCAUGAACACUGGCCAGGGCAGCUAUACGUGUUCAUGCAAACCUGGCUUUACCGGUGUUGACUGCGAACACGAGAUCAGCGAGUGUGACAGCAAUCCCUGCAGGAAUGGCGGUAGUUGCACGGAUAUGGAGAACGGUUAUCACUGCCUGUGCCCCCCUGGCUACUAUGGCACUCACUGUGAGCACAGCGCUUUGACGUGUAUAGAUUCUCCGUGCUUUAACGGUGGCACGUGCUUGGAAAAAGAACAAGGGGCCAGCUACACUUGCGUUUGCCCUUUCGGCUUCACAGGGUCAAACUGUGAAAAAAAAGUAGACAGGUGCACAAGCAACCCGUGUGCAAAUGAUGGUAAUUGCUUUUACCUUGGUCAGAUCCGUGUGUGUCGUUGUCGGGCUGGUUUCUCUGGUCAGAAAUGUGAGAUAAACAUCAACGAUUGUGCCAGAAACCCAUGUUCCAAUGGGGGAACUUGUCAUGACCUGAUCAACGAUUACACCUGCACGUGCUUGCCAGGCUACAGUGGCAGGAACUGUGACAUCAAAACCAGAGAUGAAUGUGCUUCUGGGCCAUGUGAGAAUGGAGGCACAUGCUACAGCGGACUUUAUAGUGCCAACUUUGUCUGCUACUGUCCUUCUGGCUUCAUGGGCAACCGUUGCGAAUUGCCAGUUUAUUCAGUGCCCGUUACGCUUCCUCCUAAACCAGUCCCCUGGAUUGCUAUAUCCAUGGGGGUGGGGCUGGUGGCUUUGCUCAUACUGUUCUGCAUGAUAGCAAUGGUCAUCAGGCAGAUGAGGAUGCACCCAGAGCAGGACUUGGAGACAAUGAACAACCUGUCUGACUUCCAGAAAGACAAUCUCAUUCCAGCUUCCCAGCUCAAAAACACCAAUAAAAAUAAAGACCUUGAAGUGGACUGUGGGCUAGAGAAGUCAAACUACAAACCCAAGAAUCAUAAACUGGACUACAAUCUGGUAAAAGAUCUGACAAGUAGAGGGACACAGGAAGAGAAAUAUUACAAAAGUGAAAAGUGUUUAGGAGAAAAGUCUCCCCUCCGACUACAUAGUGAAAAGCCAGAAUGUAGGAUAUCAGCGAUAUGCUCUCCGAGGGAUUCAAUGUACCAGUCCGUUUUUGUGAUAACAGAAGAAAGGAAUGAGUGCAUCAUAGCCACAGAGGUAUAAGACUGAAGAUCAGCCCAUUUGCACCUCAGAUUUGGUAAUGCCAGUAGAUGGACGUUCCUGCUGCAUUGUUUACAAUUCAGAACUGGAUUGGACUGUUUUUAAUUACAUGCAACUUGCUGCUCUCAGGCGGAGGAUGGAACUGGGUGAACUGGACAGACUGUGAAUUUACUGAAAGAUGCAAUACACCUUUUUGUUCUUACUGCCCUUGUUUGAAAUUUGAUACCAGAAAUCUCAUUGGCUAUAGAAGAGGGGAGGCAGAGGGAAGAGAGAGGGGUUAAAAAUGUUGUCGUUUUAAUUUGUUUUUAAAAGAUACUGAGGCCAGUUCCUCAUGGACAGACCCCCUGGCUUUCCAGAACUCUGGUUAUGGGAGGUGCCGGUAGAUGAGGAGGCACUUAACUAUCACAGAUGUUGCCAUGGAAGGUGUGAAGAAAGACACAUUGCUAUGCAGAUAAUGGAUACAGUAUAAACGAGGUCUCCAUUUUUUUCUGGGUUUAAAAGUGCCUAAAAUGUGUCAAGAGAAUCUAACAAGCCCAAACAGAGACUUGGCUGCUCUUUUUGCAGUUACCUGAACAGUAUUGGGCAGGGGUGGUUGAUACUUCCUGCUACACAUCUAUUUGCAUCUCCUCUCUCCUGCUGCAAAUACUGGAGACUGUCUAAGGGGUGAGAGGAGGAAGGAAAGAGGAAUACGGAAUUUACAUGUCAUCUCAUUUGGUGAUGCUUUGGAGAACUGAUUGGCCCAAGCCACAAUAUGGGACAGGAUUUUUGUGGAUUUAAACAUUCGAGAAGGAAAAGUUGUGAUGAGGAAUGUGUAUUGCCUCUUCCCCAUUGAUAAGGAGGAGGUGUGAUCCCAGCUCUAUUUAAAGCCUUAUAAAUGCGUUUAAAAUCAAUCA